GUGAACUUUACUCUGCUAAUAUGCUGGUCAGAGUCUGUGUGUGCAGGACAGGGAUGUCAGCUCAGGGAAAUCAGAACGUUUGACCUAAAAUAAUGUUUAACUACAGACUACAGAUAAACUAAUUCCAAGAAUGCCUACAUUCAUCUAACCUGGGGAAAUGACACAGAGCACCAAAUAAUUACCUGCAUUUGACACAGUUCCAGUCAGAACUACUCCAGCUGAGAGGGAUCAAAUUCUAUGGAUCGGGCUCAGUCAGUGGAAACUGCGUCUGUCACAUCAGCCUCCUAUUGUGUCUCCAGUCCUCUGCAGAAAGACAGACCGCCACACAGGUAGUAUGUCCCAACGUGUGGCAGUGAUCGGGGCGGGUCCCUCAGGUCUGACCAGCAUCAAGAGCUGUCUGGAUGAGGGUCUGGAGCCUACCUGCUUCGAGAGCAGUGAUGACAUCGGGGGGUUGUGGAGGUUCAAGGAAACCCCUGAGCCGGGCCGCUCUAGUAUCUACCGCUCUCUGGUGGUGAACACCUCCAAGGAGAUGAUGUGUUUCAGUGACUUCCCUAUGCCAGCUGACUACCCCAACUACAUGCUGCACUCCCAGCUGCUGCAGUACUUCAGGCUUUACGCUCAACACUUUGACCUCCUCAGACACAUCACCUUCCAGACCAGCGUGCUGACCGUGAGACAGAGGCCAGACUUCAGUCGUUCAGGCCAGUGGGAGGUGGUGACAGAGAACAGGGAGGGACAGGAGCAGAGACACGUCUUUGACGGGGUCCUGGUGUGUUCAGGACACUACACACAGCCUGUCUCACCGCUAGACCAGUUCCCAGGCCAUGAGUCGUUCCCUGGCRGCUGCCUACACAGCUGGGAGUAUAAGGAUGCUGAUGCGUUCCGGGGGAAGAGGGUGGUGGUAGUGGGGAUUGGGAACUCUGGAGGAGACAUCGCUGUGGAGAUCAGCCGGGCUGCAGAGAAGACCUUCCUGAGUACCCGUAAGGGGGCGUGGGUGUUAGCUCGUAUGUCCAGUAGCGGUCUCCCACUGGACAUGACGGCCAUCUCACGGCUCACCGUCCUGCUGACCUCCCUGCUGCCCAGAGCGCUGGUCAACUGGGCUGCAGAGAGAACCCUUAAUCACCGAUACGACCACCGCCUCUACGGCCUACAGCCAACACACAGGCUGCUAGAGCAGAAGCCGCUGAUCAACGAUGACCUUCCAGGCCGUAUCCUGCAGGGGGCAGUAGUGCUGAAGCCAGACCUGAGAGGGUUCCAGGGGUCCGGACUGCUGUUCCAGGAUGGAACCACGGAGGAGGACAUCGAUGCAGUGGUCUUCUGUACUGGAUACAAUGGCAACUUCUCCUUCCUGCCCCCGUCACUAUGUUCAGGACCUGGGUGGGAUCUCAACCUGUACAGACGGGUGUUCCCUCCAGCUCUCGAGCGCCCCACGCUGGCCAUCAUGGGUCUGUUCCAGACUAAAGGACCCAUCUUUCCUGCAGUGGAGAUGCAGGCCCGCUGGGUCACGAGGGUCAUCGCAGGGUUGACACAGCUCCCACCACGGAAAACGAUGCUGUCCAAAAUCGAGACGGAGACGAAGAGGAACAUGAAGAGUUGCCUGUGUCCCAGACAGGCAGCUCUCCAUGUGGAUUAUAUACCAUACCUGGACUCCCUGGCUGAGCAGAUGGGGGUUCGUCCCAACAUCCUAGGGCUGCUGCUGAGGGAGCCUAGUGUGGGGCUGCGUGUACUGCUAGGGCCCUGCACCCCUUACCAGUACCGCCUAAGAGGGCCGGGAAAGUGGGACGGGGCCCGACAGGCCAUCCUCACUCAGUGGGAGCGCGUAGCCCAGCCCUUCAGAACCAGGCUGGAGCCAGAACCCCCCAGGCCCUUGGUCCUUCUGUCCCCCUUGCUGAUCACGCUGUCCGCGGGAGCUGGGAUACUAGCUGUGGUCCUCUCCCAGUGUAAACUGACCUUAGUUCUACAGGACCUACUACAGGACUCAACUCACCUGCUGGACUGGCUCUCAGCACUACUGUGGGGCUCGGAGUAGAAGCAGCCUAUAUAGCAACAGAUCUAGGAUCUACAUUAAUACGCUAUUGCCUCCACUAUGGACCAGGCUCUCUGUUUUUUUUCUUCUCGUCAAGACCAGUAUGCAGGGGAUCUUUUUUCAGGCGUUUCUUUUACGCCUGCUAUGUUAGGUUAGGCUGUAUCUGACCUAACAGACUGCUUUCAUUGUCUUACAAAAACACUCAUUAGGUGUCUCUAAAACUCGUACUCCUAUUUGAUUUCUUCGGUUAGCUCUAACGCUUAAACCGCUUAAGCUAUUAACAUGAAACCAACUUUAAAAUGUGCAGACAGCCCCGACUUAGCGCGCUUGAGAAAUUAUUUUUGAUAAAUAAAUAUGAUAAAUAUC